AUGGUCAGCAAAACUAAACAAAAGCGCCUCGAUUUGAGUAGUGAAGAGGGACACGGCGAAAGGUCAGCAGAGUUUAUAGUUGAGCUGUACGACUACGAUGAGCUUCAAAGUGGAGUUUCAUCAGAAGAUGCUCAAUUUGAGACUGAUCUACAGUGUCUUCUCACAAGUCCACCAAAAUCUGCCCAACUUCCGAAGCUGGCGAAAAGAAAGGCGAUGAAAUUGAUUAAAGAAAAAGAUGAAACUCGGCUGCACAUCAAAUAUCGAACUCUACGAACGAGGUUAGAGGAGAUCACGAAAGAUAUAAAUGAUAUUGUGUUCUCUAGUGAUGAAGAGGAGACAGAAAGUAAUGACGCGUGCGAAGAAGAGAAAAAUAUCAAAAAGAGCAAAAGUGAGCAACGGAUGGAAAAUGGGUCUCCAAUUGAUGAGGUAAACAUUAGUCAGGCAACCAGUGAAACACCUUCCAAGAAGUCCUCCUCGGUAGAGGCAGAGAACAAAACUGUUAAUGAUGAUCAGAAGGAAGACAGUGCCGGUGAAAAGAAAAACUGUAAAACUAAAGAGAGUGGAUUGGACGACAAAAGAAGCCCGAGAAACAUUGAAAUCACAGAACUUCCAGGCUCCAUCGAGAGUAAUGGAGAAGAGUCAGCAUCAAUGAAGAAGCGGAAAAACAGAAGGGCCAAGCGGAAAAAGUCAGCAAAAGAUGAUACUGAAGCAAAUCUGGCAGCCAGUCUGGCGUCACCGCCUCCUGCAAGACAAAGAGAGCAGCAGGCACCUAGAAAAAUCUCUCCUGCCCAGGUUUCUUCGACCAUUCUACCAGAGAAGGAGCCCGUAAGCACCAUCAUUGGUCUUUCGCCUACGCAGAUCAUGGCCAUGAAAAAGACGGACGUUAAGUUCAAAACCAUUUUGUCUGUGCCUAGCAUGCUGAGAAUGUGCCGUAACGUUCUUGAGUUUGUGCAAAGAGAAAGCGACGGUUUCCUAAAAGAGACCAGGUUUCGGGAGCCAUUCACGGAACUUUGUGUCCAUGUUGCUUUACGAGAGUCUCAUGGGUUUCAGGAUAUCAGCAAAAAGCACCCGAAACUCAUGGACAGAUUGAGUGGUAUCAGAGAACUCCUGCUUGAGCACACGAAAACCUCAUUAACCGAGUCGAACAGACAAGUCCAUAAAAACAACUUUGACUACACUGUGUUCUCUUACUUGGGGCAUAUUAUCAUUUGGAUAUCAAAUCUUCAGUGGAGGGAAAAGAAGCCUGUAUUGCUUGAAAAUAUAGGCAUCUCUCAGAAGGACGUCAUGGCGUCAAUUGGCGGGUAUCACUUGUGGGACCGGAUCAGACGAGACCCAAAGACCAUCAACAUGAAAAGAUGGAAGCACAUACAGAAGUUCAGACAAAACUACGCAUUUGAGAUGCACCAGUUCAUCGUGAUUCUUCGUUUCAUGCAUUUAGGUGAGGGGCUCUAG